GAAUAGAAAACCCACGCGUUUCAAUCCGUGGCGCGUUUUCUAGUUAUUACGCGAUAUGUUUUCCUUCGGUUUUUCAAACCAUCCUUGUGGUUCGCCAUGCUUAUUCAUCAGAAUUGUGGUCAUUCUUAUAGUGUCCUUCUCUGUUGUUUUAUCGGAAGACUUGAAGCCGAAGAGAAAAAGUGGUGAUACUCGUGUACCAAUAACUCCAGACAAAAAGGAAAUCAAAAACCAUAUAGAGCAAUUUGAUGAUCCGGAAACUGUCGAAAAAUUCCUACGUGAUCUUCUUAAUCCAGAUCUAUUGUUCCCUCAAAUUCCAAAGGAUAAGGAAGGUGUAAACGUUGAGUCAGAAUCACAAGAUGAUCCACUUAAUUCAAAGAUGAAGGAUGAAAACCAAGAAUCGACAGAUGAGUCUGAACAUGAUUCAACUGCGAACGAUUUUCCGGGCUCCCAAAGCAUCCCAGCGAUUAAUGAUGAAAACACAAUGAAAAGCAUUCAUUCGCCACCUGAUGAGCAUGAAGAUUCGGAACAAAGUGUUGCUCAGCGUUUGUAUGACGAAGCUAUGAGUAUUUUGGAGACAGAAAAUCACAAGACAUCUGCUGAUAAAACUGCACUAGAACUCUUGAACGAAGCUUCCAGACAGGGUCAUACAAAGGCAAGGGAACAAGUGGCUAUGCUGACAUUACUUGGAGGUUACACUGCAGAUCCUUUUAAAAGCGCAUAUUCUGCGUUCGAAGAGCUGUCUAAUGAAGGCAACCCUCGCGGUCAGUUUGGCCUGGGAUUUUUGUAUGCAUCUGGAUUACACGUAAAUGCAAGUAUUCCACAUGCAUUGAUAUAUUUAACAUUUUCGGCUCUUGGAGGAGAUAAUUUUGCUGAUAUGGCUUUGGGCUAUCGUUACUGGACUGGUGUUGGUGUUGAAGAAGAUUGUGAAGCAGCACUAACACAUUAUCAUCGUGUGGCUCAAGUCGUCUUUAAAGAAGUUUCUGAACGCUCUGAAUCUGGUGGUCCAACUCUUCUUGGACCUAUGGUUAGACGUGCUCGUCUUUUAGACGAAAUAGAUGCAAUGGGUAGUUUAGAUGGUGGUGAUCUUACAAUCAGUGAGGAUCUGUUCCAAUAUUAUCAGUUUAUGGCUUACAAAAAGAAUGUUAGUGCUAUGGUUGGAUUGGGUCAGUUGUAUUAUUAUGGUAGACAUGGUGUUGAAAUGAAUCAUGAAAAAGCUUUUUAUUACUUUAAUCUGGCUGCUGAAUCUGGAAGCGCCAUAGCCAUGGCUUAUUUAGGCGAGAUGUACAUGGUUGGUAGCACAGCUGUACCUGCCGAUUCGACGAAAGCCUUGAAAUAUUUACGUAAAUCAGCUGAAGAGAAUAAUCCCAUAGGGCAAACAGGUUUGGCGUUGGCCUACUUAUAUGGUCGAGCCGGUUUACCGGUUAAACCAGUUAUCGCAAUGGAGUUAUUUCUGAAAGCUGCAGAUCAAGGUUGGCCUGAAGCUCAAUUACAUCUUGGUCGUUUAUUCUUAGGUACUCAUGGAAUAAAAACUGAUUACAAAUCAGCUUUGAAGUAUUUCACUAUGGCGUCACAACAGGGUAAUGUAAUGGCUUUCUAUCAUCUAGCUGAGAUGCAUGCCAAAGGUACAGGAGUAUUACGAUCCUGUAGCACCGCAGCCGAACUUUUUAAAAAUGUAGCUGAACGUGGUCGUUGGUCGAAAAUGUUCAUGUCUGCUUAUUCUGCUUUUCGCAAUCGUCGUUAUCAUGAAGCAUUUGUUACAUACCAACUAUUAGCAGAACUCGGUUACGAAGUGGCUCAAAGUAAUGUAGCUUUCAUCCUAGAAGAAGUAGAAAAAGCUACGGGAAUUCCAAAUGAUGAAAUUCACAAACGUGCGUUUACACAAUGGCAACGAUCUGCGACACAAGGUUCCACAAGUUCUCGUGUGAAGUUAGGUGAUUACUAUUAUUAUGGACUUGGUACUGAUGUUAGUUACCAAAAAGCUAUUCAACAUUAUCGAAUCGCUUCAGAUUUACAUCAUAAUGCACAAGCAAUGUUUAAUUUAGGUUAUAUGCAUGAACAAGGAUUAGGAUUGAAGCGAGAUCUUUACUUAGCCAAAAGGUUUUAUGACAUGGCCGCUGAAGCAUCGAUCGACGCACGAGUAGCUGUAUACCUAGCUCUUAUACGUCUUUCAUUUUAUUUUGUUAUGGAAUUUUUCGGUGAAUCAAGUUUCUUUCAAUAUCUUGGAAGUAUGUUUGGUAGUAGAUCAUUUACUGAUGAACAUGAGGUAGAUAGUGUAACAGAUUCGACAAAAACACCAACAAUAUCAUCUCAUCCUUCAGGACAUUUAAUAUCAACUAUGGAUUGGGAUUUUUAUGCAAUACCAUUUUUAACAGGAUUAUUAUUGUUGUUCUUUUUUUAUAUUAGACAUAGAAGGGUUUAAAAUUAUUAUUUAUGUGUGUAAUUUUUCUGUAAUGUAUUUAUAUAUGUAAUUUGGAGCAGUGAAUGAAGUCGGUAAAUUUUGGAAUAUUUAUUUAUUCUUCAGAUUUUCCUGUUGUGUGAUAAAUUAAUUAUCUACUAUCUUUUCUUUUCACUGCCCUUCGUUGUCCUUCUUUGUCCCUCCACUAUCUUUAUUUUAAAUUUAUUUUUAGUUCUACUUUUGCUUUUUGUUUUGUAGACAUCAAUGUCUAUAGAUUGUAAAGUUCAUUCUUUCCUUACUGCUACUAUUACCAACACAUACUGUAUUUGUGUGUGUGUGUGUGAAUAAACACUGGGUCGAACCUUCACGUUGCUAUUCUUUACAAAUAAAGAGGAACAUUGUGUCACGAGUGUUUGUCGUUAUCUCUUUUUUAUUUCAUAUAAUAUAUAUCUCAUCAAACGUAAAUGGUACACACAUACACACGGGUGUGUUGUAUUGGUUUCGUCAAAAUGAAGUUGUCUUAUUUUACAAUUACUGCACUCAGGAAGAUCUUUUAUGUCUGUAUAGUAAUAAACAUUAUUUUUCUCUAGUAUUUUUUUGAAACGACAAGCUUUCUUUUAGUGCUAAAUUUCCUGGAAUAAUUGUGUAGGCAAAACAGAAACAAAGUCUGUCUAGUUUUUUUUAAAGUGUUAAAUAUUUGUCAUAUACACUAAAAUUGUG